CUUCUAUUUGAGAUUUUGUGAUGGGGGAAGUCAACUUUAGGCAGGAAGACAUCAAUGAAGUUCAAGAACACGUUGAAAGAAAUGGAGUUCUUAACAUUGGCACAAUGUUAAACCAGAAGCUAGAAGAAAACAGAAAUACCGAAAUAAACAUUGGAAUCACUGGUAAUUCGGGAACUGGGAAAUCUAGCUUUAUUAACGCUAUACGAGGUGUACCUGACGACGAUCCGACGGCUGCACCAACUGGUGUCACGCAGACCACCAUUGAACCAACUCCUUACCAUAAUUUAGAAAACUAUAGAAACAUUAUUUUUUGGGAUUUACCUGGAAUAGGGACUGUAGACUUUCCUAAUCUGAAAACCUACAAAGGGCAAGUGCAUUUGGGGGACUAUGACGUGUUCCUUAUCUUAGCAGCUAGUCGAUUCACGCUGAAGGACCUCGAAUUAGCGAGAGAAAUCAGAUCAAUGCAUAAGAAGUUUUUCUUUGUUUACACCAAGAUUGACGUGGAUACUAACGCAGAAAAGAGGAAACAAAAUUUUGAUGAAACACAGAUGCUUGAAUCAAUCAGAAACACCUGUUUAAAUUCCUUAAUGAGUUUGCAGGAUCAUGGAGAAGAUGCUCCCCCAUUGUUUUUGAUCAGUAAUCAUUAUCCAGAGAAGUGGGAAUUUUCUGACCUGACCAAUGCUAUUCUAGAUGCACUGCCAAAACUUAAGCAAGAGGCUUUAACCUUGUUCAUUGAUGUCCUGAUCAGUAAAUCUGCCGAUAUUUUAAAAAGGAAAAUUAAAGUUCUCAAAGAACGAAUUUGGAUGGUUGCUUUGAAUGCUGGAGUUGCAGGGCUCGUACCAAUUCCCGGAUUUUCUACAGCGGUUAACUUUGUCCUGAUCAGAAAAGAGAUAAAGUUUUACCGAUCACAACUUGGUCUGCCGGAAGAUGGUACGGAUGAGUUUGCGAAAAUGAAUCCGGCCUACAAAGGAACACUAACAAAAUUCUCCUUUUCUACUCCCAUACAAUUUGCUCAAUUGGUAACGUCAUGCAUGCCAUUGGUAGCGGGUGAAAAGCUCCUCCUAGUAAUCCCAGUGGUAGGAAUCGUACUAAGCUCAAUUGCAGGCGGGGCAGUGUCAUCGGGGUUGGCAUAUUAUAUUCUCAAGAAAUGUCUAGAGGAGUUUGAGAAAAUAGCACUCGAUGAGAUUAACAAAAAUUCGAUAGAGGAUUCCGAUAAUGAAUAACUUUUUUGCCAAUAUAUUUAUCGGAAACAAUUGCUAAUUCAAUGUUCUAUGUAGACCAUCAUAUGAGUAAAAUAAUGAAACGUAGUGAUUAUAUUUUGUAGAUUCUUUUCUCACUUUUCCCUUUUCAGCAUUAAAAUUUGCACAAUGUAUAUCUACGUUGUAGGUUUCAAAAAUAGCGUGUCCUUGUUGACGGACAAAGUGUGCGAGAUUAUGAAUGUAAUAAUUAUGGCAAUGUAUCAAUAAUAAUAGUAUAUGUAAAUUGUAGAGUUCAAGCAUCUAGUUUAUAUAGCAAAUUAAAAGCAAAAACGCCAAAGCUGAAUUUACCUCUUAAUACGUGAUGUAAUAAUAUUUUACUUAUAGCUUAUAGCACU